AUGCCUACAAAUCGAAACAGUCCACCAGGAAGCCCGCCAUCACCAGCCGAUCAUUCUCUCCAUAUCAAUUCCAUCACCAGCAGUCACGUAACAGGAUCAAAUGACCCACUAGAGCGGCACAAUGAAUGGAGCCAUAAUGCAAUCACUAACAACAAUGCCAUAAAUGUCAAUUUCCCCUUGCACCGAGAAGAAUUUAUUGCCUGGGAUGCAAAGAAGCCAGACUUGUAUGCUCGACACCAGGCUGCACCUUCUAUACCCAUCACGGCACAGACCAGUAGCGACCAUGACUACCGCGGUAUUAUCGACGAUUUAACAGUUAAGAUUCAACAGCUUAAGAGGGAACUCAAGCGAUACAAGAAACCGGGUCCUGCUCAGCUUUAUAAAGACGAGCUAUUUGAGAUAAGGGUUCAUGGGCUAUCCCAGAAGAAAAAGAGAGCACUCGAAGCCAUACUGGAAGAUUUUGCAACUAAUGUUGACGGGUCUCCAAAGGGGUCAUUAUCGCAAAAAAGAGCAAGGGUAUCGCCACACGACCGCAAUUACACAUACUCCGAAUCUGGAGUUCAUCGUAAACCUGCUCUUUCCUCUCGAGGUUCCAGCCUCCGGCCAACUGACUCCGCUUAUGCCUCCAUGUCGACUGGUGGGGAGUCUUCAAGGACCCCUCUUAACCACCACAUCUUGACUUCAACUCAAUCAUCAAAGGGCGAGGUUGAGGAUUAUCUGCGAGAUGUCCCGGACGGUCUGUACCCGCAACAUGCAAUCAUGACAGACAGGGAACGGAAGAGUCUCGUUGUUCGUCGUAUCGAACAGCUCUUUACAGGCAGAGAUUAUGUUGCUGAUACCUUGAAGACGCCACUUGUGCGGCCGGGUGGUAGCUUCAUCAUGGUGGGCGAUGUAGCGGAUGGACAGGUGACGGACCAAUCACCUACCCACGAACUACCUACUGAUAGACAUGAGACUAUCCGAGAAGCCAGAAUCCUUCCUCCAGAACAGCAACUUCAUACUCGGGGAAACGACAGUCAUUUAAGUAACUCUGUCUCACCUUUUAAUCCCUGCAAAGACAGCUUAAACACCGGAGCCAAUGAUGAAGAUUCGGUCUCUGGUACUAAGUCGUUCCCCCCACUCCUGCUUCUGCCAAAACAACGAGCAACGCGACCCUUUGAUCUGGACCCUGAUCGUGCUCAGGUUCCGUAUGAGAACAUGAAUUACAUCCGCCAUUUGGACCUAGUGCCGCCGCAGCUAUUAUCUGGACAGCAAGGUAGCCAGGGCGUCGACCUAGACGCUGAAGGCUGGGUGUCCUUGAACCUCUUGUACAACUUGGCGCAGCUGCACUUGAUCAAUGUGACACCAGACUUCGUUCGCUCGGCCGUAUCCGAAAACAGUACCAGACUCCAGCUAUCCACUGACGGGCAUAAAAUUAUAUGGCAAGGCGGAUCUAAAAAUACCAACUUCAGUAGCUACAGCUCUGACUACGACGCGCCAGAAACUCCUUUUGUCGGUAAUAUCGAUAAGUCGGAAAAGAAAAGGGAGCGCCAGAAGAUAAGCCGCUUUACAAACAAUGAACCCCAACUCGGCGGCUUAGGUAACGAUGCGCCUGCAUUUGAUCCCCAGGUUUGCGCUCGAGUCGAAAGUUUCCGGUACAAGCCAUUGUUUGCUCUGCAAAAUCAUUUGGGGCAUAUUUCUCGGGGCGGGUCGGUUUCCUCUGGUAUAGCUGCCGACAAUGAUAAAUCUGGCAAGUCAAGGUUGGGCCUGGAAAAUUUUGGAGGUUCGGCUGGCAGAUGGCAACACCACGAAGGUGCUAUCACAUACUAUAGCAACGCGCCUUUCUGCAUCGAUUUAGCAGGUGAUUCAACCAAUCUUUCACAAACUGCAUGCACAUCGUUAAACUCCAAAACUAAAGAGAAUCCUCAGCAACCAUCAGAUUCCGCUCGAUCUCCUCAACGAACAACAUCCAGAUCUUGCAUCAGCUACACGCCGCUAGCGGAUCAAUACCAGCAUCUGCGUCGGAGGAUUUCGGGCAAAGAUGGGAGUAAUAAUAAUGGAGUUCAGGAUCUGAUCACCGAUAGCAAUCAGCCAAGCAGCUAUAUUGAACUGGAUUCCGUUUGGAACGACGAUCAGCAAGACAUUGGGCAGCAGCUUUUGGAACCCUGCGGCCUUGGUGUUCUCCCUCAUGAUCAUUUUAGAGUAGUGGUGGAUACGAAGCGGCCGAAGCAAGACAUUCCACAGUCCUCUAAGCCUGAAUUUAGGAGGUCGAAAGAAAGCAUAAAAGGGACAAUUCAUCCAAAGGUGGCUACACGGAUUUCUGGCACUGUUUCUGGUGGUUCAGAAACAAAAGUAACCAAAGGAUCAUGCCCCAUUGGGAUUGAGUAUCUCUCAUGGCGCACAGAAAGAUUGGUACCAGUUCCACUGCCAUCCCCUGCCAGGUUCUUCCCACCGCUCAGCACCGAUAGCUCAAUGUCUGGCGAAGACAACGAUCUGUCUACAGCUGCAGAUGAUCUUGGGCCAUCAGAGAAGGAUGCAAGCUGA